AUGGAUGCAAAAGUGGCGACUGGAAUGGCAUGGGGCCAAGCCAACAGUAACCAGCCGUUCAUAUGGGUGGUUCGACCGGGUUCGGUUCAUGGGUGUGAUUGGAUCGAGUUUUUGCCGGAGGAUUUGGUAAGUGAGAUGAAGGUGAAAGGUUUGAUCGUAAAAUGGGCACCCCAGAAGGACGUAUUAGCACAUUCUGCAGUUGGAGGAUUUUGGAGCCAUGUGUGGUUGGAAUUGGCCAUGACAUCUGGCUUCUCCCGUGGUGUCAACUCUUUUUGUUUUGCUAAGUUUGGAUACAUUAUUUCAGGUGAUCCUAGGAAGGAGUGUGCAAUUGAUGUCCUUGGUGUAGUGACAUGGUAUACCGGCUUGAUGCUUAACAUGAAGGAUGAUUUUGCAUUUGGGAUUGGUAAUGAUUUUUUAGUGAAACUAUGGUGGUCAUCAUUCAACUUAGUAGGAUUUGACAAUAGCAAGGUCGUCCUAUGGUUUGAAACUGAUUUUGUUGGGACAAAGGUAAUUGUGCAUUCAAUAGUUGACGAUGUUAUGGGCUUCAGAAAAACGGUAUAG